UCACUCUUCGAACGCCAGGGUAUGGCAGCACACUCGGGGGUCCUGGCGGGAGCGGAGAAACCCCAUGUUUCGCUGCGCAAAGGAAUUCCACGGACAAAAUCUGUAGGUGAAGACGAGAAACUUGCUGCUUCUUUGCUAGAUGGGAAGUUUCCCCGGAGCACAUCGAUGCAAGACACUGUUAGGGAAGGACAUGGGAUUCCACCACCACCUCAAACAGCCCCACCCCCACCUCCUUCUCCAUAUUACUUCGACACAGGCCCCCCUCCAUCCUUCUCACCACCUCCACCCCCAGGAAGAGCUUAUGAUACCAUAAGGUCAAGCUUUAAGCCAAGCCUGGAGGCUAAACUCCAUGGACUCCCGCAGGUCAUUAGCGCAGCCGAGAUGUACGAUCAGGCAAGGACUUCCAUUCCUUACCCUGAAAGGCAGAAGAGGGCCCGAUCCAUGAUAAUCCUACAAGAUUCCUCUCAUCUUCCCGUGGAGCCGACAGAGAUCCCCCGGCCUGGCCCAUCUGCAACCCCUCCGGAGAAGCUGAAGAGGAAGGGGAGAGUGAUUGACAACCCUUACGCCAACAUGGGUCAGUUCAACGUCAGCCUGUUUGCUCCCACCAAGCCACAGAGGAAGAAGAGUCCUCUCGUUAAGCAGUUACAGGUGGAGGAUGCACAGGAGAGAGCAACGCUGUCCAUCACCGGAGGCUUUACGAGGGAGCCCUCUCCCACCCGCCGGAGCCAUCGCCUGAGCGGAGUGGAGUAUCAGCACCACGCCGGCAUUGCUCAGGUUGAAGCCACGAGCAUCCCCUUCGCCACUGCCAUCGCCGGAGUCAUGAAGGACAGAGACCGUCGUCUGGAUGAGAGGCGGAAAUCCACUGUCUUCCUCUCGGUUGGGGCCAUUGAAGGAACCCCCCCCAGCAGCGACAUGCCAUCCUUGCAGCAGUCCAGGUCCAUUGAUGAGCGGUUGUUAGGAAGCCGAGAUGUACUACUGCCUUCCCCUGUCUCAGCUUUAAAGCCAUUAAUUAGCAGCUCAUCCUCAACCUUCAUCCACCCCCUAACAGGAAAACCCUUGGAUCCGAACUCGCCACUGGCGCUUGCGCUGGCCGCAAGGGAACGGGCCCUCUCAACUCAAGUCCCAUCCCGGUCGCCCACCCCGAUCCACAGCCCAGACUCAGAGAGAGCAGCACCCCUGUUUGUGGACAUCCAAACCAAAGAACCAGAGAGGGGGGAGUUGGAGAGCUUAGUGUCCCCUGCGUACUCCCCUGGAGGCAAAGGGGCCGUCGGGACCGACUCUGGGACUUUGGCCCCUGCGAAGAGCCAAGCAGAAACACCUGGGAAGGAGGAGAAGAAACAAGAAGACAAGAAGUCCAUGAUUAUUAGCAUAGUGGAUACAUCACAGCAGAAGACCGCUGGCCUCAUCAUGGUCCAUGCCACAAGUAACGGCCAAGACGAGAUAGGACUUGAGAUAAAAGAGGAGAAGCCAGCUGUCCCCGAAGCGUGCACAGAGCCGGCAGAGUCCCCCAAAGCAGAGACCCAGCCCAGUCCCGUGGGAAAGCCUCCGGUCAGUCCAGCCUCGGACAAGACACUGGGACAAGGGAGUUCGGAGGAAGAGGUGGAGCCCUACACGGUCACCCUCCCGCCAGCUCAGUUGUCCUCAAGUGACGAAGAGACCAGGGAGGAGCUGGCCAAGAUAGGGCUGGUGCCUCCACCAGACGAGUUUGCGAACGGGGUACUGGUCACCACCCCUGGCACACCGAUCAGCCACCUGGCUACGCCUAGCACGCCAUCCAUACCAGCGGCAGCAGUAGCACCUUCUACCACUGGCGGAACACCCUCAGGGAAGCCCUCUGAUGCCCCCGUAGCCCCAGAGUCUGCUGCAGACUCGGGAGUGGAAGAGGUGGACACCAGAAGUUCAAGUGACCAUCACCUGGAGACCACAAGCACCAUCUCUACGGUCUCCAGCAUGUCUACGUUGUCCUCAGAAAGCGGGGAGCCUACUGACACAUACACUUCCUUUGCGGAUGGACAAACUUUUAUACUCGAGAAGCCACCAGUGCCUCCAAAGCCAAAACUCAAGUCCCAGCUCAGCAAGGGGCCAGUUACUUUCAGGGACCCACUUUUGAAGCAGUCUUCGGACAGCGAGCUCAUCUCCCAGCAACAUGCGGCCACUCUGGCGUCAGCCAGCAUUGGCCGGCCACGCUACCUCUUUCAGAGAAGGUCCAAGCUAUGGGGGGACCCCAUGGAGAGCAGGCCGAUCCAUGGGGCUGACGAUGACAAGCCAACUGUGAUCAGUGAGCUAAGUUCCCGACUACAGCAGCUGAACAAGGAUACACGGUCACUGGGGGAGGAACCGGCCGGGUCCACGUUAGAUCCCGGGAAGAAGUCGCCUGUGGUCGCGGCACG